AAACAGGCUAUGAGGAUUUCAGCUGUUGUCUGCAUACUUGCAUGGUUUGCUAUUUACUUCUCUCAGGCUGCUUGAUCACUUGAUCUUGGAAGAUUUCCCUUGGGGUAUGGAAUCGGCAUUAUUUCCUACGUGGUACCCAUGUUCAUAGCUGAAAUAACACCCAAGAAUCUCCGCGGAGGGCUAACGACAGUUCAUGAGCUCAUGAUCUGUUCUGGGGCAUCUUUUGCAUUUGUGGUAGGGACGGUCGUAACAUGGCGCACAUUGGCACUAACUGGAGUUGUUCCAUGCUUUAUUCUACUCUUGGGUCUGUUAUGCAUUCCAGAGUCUCCUAGAUGGCUGGCAAAGAUGGGCCAUGAGAAAGAGUUUGAAGCUGCGUUACAAAGGCUGUGUGGAAAGGAUGCUAAUAUUUCCGAGGAAGCAGCUGAAAUUCAAGUUCUUAUUCCAACUCUAACAAUCCAUGAAUAUACUUGA